AGAAGUUGGGUUGAUAAUGACGUCAUCACCAGUUUACUCUAGACCUAGUAUGUACACGAAGAUGGCCUAGAUUAUAGAACAACAUUUGCUAUGUGUACGAAAACAACAUUAGCCAUAAGGGCAACAUGCAGGUAUGCCACCAGGAGGAGCCUCUGUUCCAGCGCGAAUUCUGGCACCGCAAAGUCUUCGUCGACUGUCAACGAAGAAGAGCUGAGACAUUUCAGACGUUUGUCGGCUUCAUGGUGGAAUCAAUCGGGCGACCUAAUGGCGCUUCACUCCAUGAACAGACUGCGCGUCCCUCUCAUCAGAAACGCGCUGUCGGCCGAGGCUUCCUCUUCCGUCGAACCGCUGACGGGACUAAAGAUUCUUGAUGUCGGAUGCGGAGGAGGAGUGCUGACGGAGCCCCUCGCUCGGCUUGGCGCCUCCGUCACAGGUCUGGACGUCCUUGAAGAGAACGUUGCCGUCGCCACGAUGCACGCCGACCUUGACCCGACCCUUCAAGGCAGGUUGACGUACGUCCAGAGCACUGUGGAGGACAUGGCUGAAGAGAUGCCCUCUUGUUUUGAUGCGGUCGUGGCGUCCGAGGUCGUGGAGCAUGUCAACGAGCAGACGACCUUUGUCGGUGCGUGCUGCCACCUAGUCAAGCCCGGUGGCUCCCUCUUCAUGACGACGUUGAACAAGACGUGGGCUUCGUACCUGCUGGGCAUCGUGGCGGCGGAGAAGUUGCUACGCGUUGUGCCGGACGGAACUCACGACUGGGAGAAAUUCAUCUCUCCAGCGACCCUGCAGGAGAUCGCUGCAGCGAAUGGCUGCGAGACACGACUGCUACAUGGCAUGUACUACAACCCGCUUAGCAACAGGUGGCGCUGGGGUAGAGACACAAGCAUCAGCUAUGCAAUGCAUAUGGUGAAAGCGGCAGCGCCACCUAGUGUCGACGACAAAUCUUCCGGCGACGGCAGCAGUUGAGGCUGUGAUUGUUAGAUAGGCAGUAUUGCGAUAUGUUCGUUUUCGCUCCAGCCAUCGCAGACAAUUAUCAUGAGAAACUCGACUGUUUUAUCGCAUCUACGUCACACACGUUAAAGUGUGUGUGUGUGUGUGUGUGUGUGUGUGUGUAUGGUGUGUGUACAUGAAUGGACGUAUACAAGUACAUGUGUGUACGCAAACUCCACGACAGAUGGCGCUCUCGCUCAUGGGCUCAAUCUACCACUGCCACAAGUAGAUUUCGGUUACAAUUUGUAACACUUUUUUACUACAAGUU